CUAUAGGGACCUUUUUCCAUACAAUUUGAAGAGAAUAAAGUUGUGGCUACACAUUGCUCUAUUGGCAGUGAACAAAGGAUAUCGUGCUAUCGACGAGUUUGUAGUCGCAAGACCCAAACUAUACCAUCGAAAAGACGAAAACUAAAAGAAGAGGUCCAACAUCAUACUAUCCGACAAUUUAGUUGAAAAAGAAAUAUCUGGCUAUAAUAUAGAUAUUAUGUGUUAGCUGAUAGAGAACAUUAUAAACAGUUCCUAAAAAAAUUAUAAGCAAAUAUUAUGUGUUCAACAAUUUUUUCUUAUAAGCAAACAGUUCCUAAAGAGUCAUGGGCUAAUCUUGCAGAGAUUGAAGACCAAAAUGUUUUACCUCUCUCAACUCUUAUUCAAAAUCCUGACAAACCACCAGAUAAAACUCACACUUCUGCUAAUGCUAACAUUCAAGCUGACAAGGCUUCCACAAGUAAUGUGGACAAUGAAGGCUACAAAUUGGUUACUGCUAGAUCUGCAAAGAGGAUUGAUAAAGCUAAAGCUGCAUCUCAAAAGAGUAGUCACAUUACCAAAUCAAAGACAUGUUAUCUUCAAUUAUGCCGGCCACUACCUCCAUUCAACAAAGAGGUUUCAUCAAAGGAAGAAGCAUCAAGGAUUGCAUUUGUCUAACUUCAAAAGCUAUUAAUAUCAUAAUAUGUUGCAUAAUAGAAGUUUUGGAGGUAAUUUAGCAAUCAAAAUUGACAUAGCUAAUGCUUUUGAUACCCUUCAGUGGUCUUUCCUCCUGAGAGUUUUGAAGGCCUUUGGACUUAAUCAAAUUUUCUGCCAAUGGAUUCAUUCAAUACUUUUUUCAGCAAAAAUGUCUAUUUCAAUUAAUGAUAAACAACAUAGUUUCUUCAAUUGCUCUAGAGGGGUUCGUCAGGGACACCCUAUAUCAUUUUUUGUUUUGCAGAGGAAGUCAUUAGCAGGAGCAUCACUAAAUUGGUCAGAGAUGGAAAGUUGACUCUCAUCAAAGGCUCUAGACACAUGGUUGUACCUUCUCAUAUUCUAUAUGCAAAUGAUAUCAUGGUGUUUUAUAUAGCUAGUGGAUCAAACAUUCAAGCAUUGUCAAAUAUUUUCUUGGAUUAUGCAGAAAUUUCUAGGCAAGUAGUCAAUCCUAGAAAAUCUUUCAUAUAUCCAUGAGCCCUUAGCUUCUCAAAGACUUCAUAUCAUUGCAGAUCAACUGGGUUUCAACGUUGGAGCUUUACCUUUUGUAUACCUCGGUGCUCCAGUUUUCAAAGGUAAACCAAAAAGAUAUCAUCUUCAACCAGUGGCAGACAAGAUCAAACUAAACUCUCAGCUUGGAAAGCCUCUCACUUGUCCAUGGUAGGAAGGGUUCAGCUCGUCAGAAGUGUAAUACAGGGUAUGAUGAUGCAUACCAUAUCACUACAAGAAAACCUAAUAUUAUUGGCGGAAUUUUUUUAGAGCUUCAGGCCCUCAAUGGGUUACAAUGACCGUCAAUAAGUUGUCUGGCAAUUAAAAAAAAAUUGACUAACCAUUAUUGAGAGCCAAUGGCCGCCAAUAAUGCCAUGAAAAGGAGUGAAAACCAUUAUUGAGGGUUGCUGGCCGUCAAUAAAUUCUUGUCGGAUUAUGGCCACCAACAUUGCUUGACCGUUGGACAUUCUUGAGUGAUUCUGGCCACCAAUCCAACUUCAUUUUCACACUUUCAUUCUUACUCUAAAAUUUCUCUAAC